AUGCGCGGGCCUGGGCGCCCCCUCCUCCUGGGGCUGCUGCUCGUGCUGGGGGCGGCGGGGCCCGGGGUCGCCGAGCCCCGGGAGGCGGCCGACAGACAGACCCUGCUGCGGCUCAUCGUGGAGAUCCUCCAGGAGCUCAAAAAGUACCAUUCGGGCGAGUCGAAGAGACUGCACCUCUUGGGCCAGCACGACUACACUCUGGGCCGCAGGGAGGUCUCGGACUACCCGGUUUAUCCCGAGGAGCAGAGAGUGGAAAUUGUGCCUCGAGAUCUAAGGAUGAAGGACAAGUUUCUAAAACAUCUUACAGGUCCUCUUUAUUUCAGUCCAAAGUGCAGCAAACACUUUCACAGACUUUAUCACAACACCAGAGACUGCACCAUCCCUGCAUACUAUAAAAGAUGUGCCAGGCUGCUUACCCGGCUGGCUGUCAGUCCAAUGUGCAUGGAGGGAUAAGUGUGUCUUGUGUAUGCUGGGCACCGCCAGAGGCCAAGUUU